AUGGAGGCGGAUCUUAAUUACAUUUGCUGCUGCGGGCAGCGGGGUAGCUGCAGAGGAGCAAGUGCACUUCUGGAGAUGGAAGCUGCGGCGGCUGCAGAUCGUGUGUCUUGUUCCGGCGGAUGCAGUGCGCCACAGCGGCUCGGGGCCUCGGUGGACGGUCGGUCUGGCGCCCGCGCUGCUCCUCGGCCGCCCAGGCGCCCGUGCCUCGCCGCUCGCUUCCCGCCUCGCCUGCCUCGCGGGCCGGCGAGAUCCCGCAGCAGCACCGCCCGCCCUGAAUCGAGCAGCGGCAAGAUCCAGAUGCCGUUGGGGCCAACUAUGGGUGUGGGGAAGAAGGGGAGGGCGAGGAAGCGGGUGAGGAGGAGGAGAGGCGGGCGACGACACGUCGUCGCUCGUCGCGUCCGCGACGGCGGCAGGGCGAGACGGGAGGAGCAGGCGAGGAAAUGCCAGGCCGCCAGGCGCCAGGCGAGUGAAGAGAUAACUGAAGAUACUUAUGUUGAGAAUGCAAAUAGAGACCUGACCUCCAGCACUAACUCAGAUGCAACUAAAGUUGAUGCACUUGAAGAUUAUGCUAAUCCAAACAUAAAUGGAGAGCCAAAAUUACAAGAUUGUGAACAUCAUGCCAGAUCAAUUAAGUACCGCUCGUCUUCAUCCAUCUCAAGUGGAUCGAUACCAUCAGCUUCCUCGUCAGGCACCUCAACACUUGACUCAAAUUUCAAAACAGAAGGUACCACAAUUCAAGCACUCUAUAUUACUGGUGCUGACGAUUGA